AUGGCGGCGACGUCGUCUCUUUCCCGCCUCCCUCUCGCCGUGCUCCUCGCCCUCUCCCCGUUCCUGCACCCGGGCCCAGCCACAGCUCAAGAUGCCGUCCCAGCAUCCCCCGAGACCAUCGCCGCCCAAGAGCUCUUCUGGUCCUACGGCCGCUCUCCCCCCGUCUACCCCAGCCCCUCAGCCACCGGCCUAGACGACUGGGCCCCAGCCUACGCCUACGCGACGCACCUCGUCGGUCAGAUGACGAACGCGGAGAAGCAGAACCUCAGCUACGGCUUCAGCACGACGGCGAACGGGUGCAGCGGCACGUCGGGCGCCGCGCCGCGGGUGGGGUUCCCGGGCCUGUGCCUGAACGACGGGCCGGCGGGCGUGCGCGCGACGGAGCUCGUCAACGGGUACGCGUCCGGCGUGGCCGUCGGCGCGUCGUGGAACAGGGAGCUGGCGCGGGAGCGGGGGCUGGCUAUCGGGAGGGAGGCUAGGGCGAAGGGAGUGAAUGUGUGGCUUGGGCCUGUGAUGGGGCCGCUGGGUCGCACGGUGCUGGGGGGCCGGAACUGGGAAGGCUUCUCGGUCGACCCGUAUCUCAGCGGGGUGCUGAGUGCCGACACGGUGGCCGGCGUGCAGGAGAACGUGGCCGUGUCGGCGAAACACUUCGUCGGCAACGAGCAGGAGACGAACCGCAAUCCCGUCACGGCGACGGGGAACGCCUCGGUCUCGUCCAACAUCGAUGACCGGACGAUGCACGAGCUCUAUCUGUGGCCCUUCCAGGACGUCGUCAGGGCAGGCGCGGGGACCGUCAUGUGCUCCUACAACAGGAUCAACAACUCGUACGGAUGCCAGAACAGCAAGACGCUCAACGGGCUCCUCAAGGGCGAACUGGGCUUCCAGGGCUUCGUCGUCAGCGACUGGGGCGCACAGCAUACAGGCGUGGCAAGCGCCGAAGCUGGCCUGGACAUGGCAAUGCCCGACUCGGAGUACUGGGACGGGAACCUGACCGUCGCCGUCGAGAACGGCACCCUGGCCCAGUCCAGACUCGACGACAUGGCCAAGCGCAUCGUUGCCACAUGGUACAAGCUCGCCCGCUUCGAGCCCGGCACCGGCAUGCCGUACAGCCUCGAGGAGCCGCACGACGACCAGAAGGUCACGGCGCUGUCGCCCGCCUCCAGGGACGCCAUCUACCGCGGCGCCGUCGAGGGCCACGUCCUGGUCAAGAACGUCAACAACGCCCUCCCUCUGAAGAAUCCGCAGAUAGUGUCCCUGUUCGGCUACGACGCGCCGGCCCCCGCCGCCGACUCCGACCUCGCCCCCUCUUACUUCUCCGCCCUCUCCGACGCCGACGUCCCGCAAGCCGCCUACAACGGCACGCUGAUCAGCGGCGGCGGCAGCGGCGCCAUCACCCCCUCCUACCUCAUCUCCCCCCACGAAGCCUUCUCGCAGCGCGCCCGCGCCUCCGACACCCAGCUGCUCUGGGACUUCCGCUCGCCCCGCCCCAGCGUCAACGCCGCCUCGGACGCGUGCCUCGUCCUCAUCAACGCCUUCGCCACCGAAGGCUUCGACCGCACGCGCCUGACGGACCCCUCCUCGGACACCCUCGUCGCCAGCGUCGCCGCCAACUGCUCCAACACCAUCGUCGUCAUCCACAACGCCGGCAUCCGCCUCGUCGACGCGUGGAUCGCCCACCCCAACGUGACCGCCGCCAUUUUCGCGCACCUCCCCGGCCCGGACAGCGGCCGCGCCCUCGCCGCCCUCGUCUACGGCGACGCCGUGCCCUCCGGCAAGCUGCCCUACACCGUCGCCAAGGCCGCGUCCGACUACGGCGACCGGCUCUACGGCCCCGUCCGCCCGGACGCCGCGUCCGACUACUACACGCAGGCCGACUUCGCCGAGGGCGUCUACCUCGACUACCGCCGCUUCGAGCGCGACGGCGACGCCAGCCUCACCCCGCGCUUCCCCUUCGGCUUCGGCCUCUCCUACACCACCUUCUCCUACACCAACCUCUCCGCCUCGCUCCUCCCCUCCAACUCCUCCUCCCCCCCACCGCCCCGCACCGCCCCCCUCGGCGCCGGCAUCACCCAAGGCGGCCUCGCCAGCCUCUGGACCCCCCUCGCCACCGUCUCGGCCUCCAUCACCAACGCGGGCGCCGAGUACGCCGGCGCCGAGGUCGUCCAGCUGUACGUCGGGAUCCCGGCCGAUGGUGUUCAGCCGGGCGCAAAUGGCACGGGAGCAGCAGCAGCAGCGCCGCCGUCGCCGCCUCCAGCGAAACAGCUGCGCGGCUUCGCCAAGGUGGCGCUGGCGCCGGGGGAGAGCGCGGCCGUGAGCUUCGAGCUGACGAGGCGCGAUCUCAGCGUGUGGGACGUCGAGAGCCAGGGGUGGGUGCUGCCGCGGGGCGAGUACGGGGUGUAUGUUGCGGCGAGCGUGGAGGAUGUGAGGUUGGCGGGGGGGUUUGUGGUGGGGGGGUAG